GCGUUACUUCGACAUUACGCAACUGGACAAUUAUCUAUCGACGAAUUAUUGGAUACAUCCAUGGAAGAAAUGGGCAAAUCGGUUAAGAAAUGUAUGAAUUUUGCAAAUGUUCUUCUAAUGCUCUAUGAUUUUUUUGGAACGUCUUUUUCUGGUGCCCUAAAUAACGAGAAACUCCAAAAACGUUUUGACGAGAUUAUAAUAUCUAUAAUUCCGAUAAACAAUUUGGCUUCUCGAAAAUUGGCUUGGCUAAUGAAGGAGUUUGCCAUUUGGAAGGAAUUAGCUCGUCAUCUUGGAUUCCAGAACUGGAAGCUCAAAUAA